AUGCCUCUUGUUACCUGUUUGGGACGCCAGACUAAAGCCCCAUCACCGGCCGACUAUGUUCGCACUGACGCAUCCAAGGACCAAGGGGCUACCGAAUCUGAUGUCGAUGACAACCAGGCCUCUAAAUGUACUACGCAAAAGACUCGCUCUCAUGCUGGCCCAAAGUCUAUCAUGGGUGUCCAAACCAAAGACCAUCCGCAUCCUCGACCCAAGGCUCGUCCCCUUCCAAGGUCCAAACAUUCUGGUCACCUGACAUCAUCUGCUGAGGAUGAAAUUUUUUUCUCUAACUUCACCAGAUGUUCGUCACUUAGCAGGAAGAAGUCCAGUGACGUGAAUGAGGCUCCCGAGGUCCAGUUGGCUGAUGGUAGUGUGCUGAUGCAGGCUGAGUUCUCAGCCAAUGGGUCCACCAAUGGUGCAGAUGACAAUGAGUCAUCAGCUGGUCCCGGGGAACAUAGUACCGUAUCUGGCAAUAAUGAUGAUGCUAAUGAGAAUUCAGUUACAAACGGCAGAGAGCAAAAUGCAAUUCCAUCCGAUGGCGAGUGCCGUGGUGCUGCAGCAACGAACAAAAGGGGGAUGAAUGCUGUUUCGUCCGACGGUGAAUGCGGUAGCGCUGCAGCGACGAACGAAAGGGAGAGAGAUGCAGUUCCCUCUGACGGUGAAGGUGAUGGUGCUGCACUCACAAGCGAACAGGAGAAGACUCCAGUUGCAUCCAUGACUGUUCGCCCGCGUAGAUCUGGUGCCCAUAAAUCCUAUGCUCCUGACCAUGAGAGCAAACCCGCAGAGAGCUCUGACAGCGACUGGGCAACAGUUGAAGGGAAGCGAAGGGAAGCAGAACGCGCUGCAGAUCCCGCGAGGCCAUUCACGAAGACUGCAGUUGCAUUCAUGACUAGCGAACCCGCAGAGAGCUCUGACUCUGACAGUGACUGGGCAACAGUUGAAGAGAAGCAAAGGGAAGCAGAACACGCUGCAGAUCCCGCAAGGCCAGAAAAGCAGAAGGGACCAGCGGCGGCAGCCGACCACGGUUACGAUGCCGAGGGCUGUGAUGAAGAAGACCCAUCUGAAGAUGAGGAUGGAAUCACACAUAAAUCAGGAAGACUAUCCAAAGAAGGUGUUUUGAAAGCGGAAGAAUUUGGCAAGAGGGUUAUGGCCGAAGCAACUGCAAUCGGAAAAGAGUUUGGGAAACAUCGGAGGGUGAUUCUUAUUGAGGUGGGACUGGCGACAAAGGCAACUCGCAAGGAGUCUCCCUGGAACCAGCAUCAAGCCUGGUUCCGGACUUUACUACACCCAUCCAAAGAACUGAACUUGGCAUCAUGGAAAGUCAAGCAGAAGGCGCACUAUUAUACCCACUUGUACAAAGACCCUGAUCAUGAACCCCUAUGGAAUAAAAUCCGACGCCAUUGGGAUAGUGUGGUUGCCAGCCCUGAGGAUCUAUCAUCACGUGAGUCAUCCAGUCUCAUGACAGCAGUUCAUGAAGUGUUUGCGAAAUCGGCUUCAUAUUGGUACUGCACCCACGGAAUUCAUAUAGCUGGUAUCACCAUUUAUCCAGGAGAUGAGGAAUCUGGCCACCAGGCCUCUGGCCUUUUUGCGGGGUCCAAUAUGGUGAAGGCUCUCAUUGACGCUCGACAAGUAGAUGUAAAGCGGUUGAUAGACGAGUUCACUACAAUCCUUAAAUACAAUGACUUGGAGGCUGCGCAAGCAGAAGGCAAGGGUUUCAGUUUUCUCCCCCCGCCUGUCGCAGUCCCCAAUGCUACCCUCUUGCAGAACGGCCAAUCCGACAGGGAUAGAAAUCGCAUGGUGGCACCUCCCAUCAUUAGUGAAGCAUUUGUUGCUGCUGGUCACCCCUUCAAAACAUCGAACAGCAGGUGGACCAAGAUGCUUGACAUCCUUUACUAUAUGCAACUUUGCAUCCACAACUGGCCAGCAGGAGUUCCACCCCCUGGUCAUGAUUUCGAUCUAAAAUCGCUGUCUGCCAACGAGGACGAGGACGAUGCAGAGAAAGCUGUGUCGACAAAGCGGAAAGGUAAAUCCAAGUCCAAUGAGAAUAGGAGAACCUGGGGCACUGUUGUGGAGGAGCCUGACGUCGUCUUAUCUAUUGAGGAUUGGUCUCCUCUUCAGCGAGCAGACUUGGCCGGAUACUGUGGCGAGGUGAACUUAAUCCCUCUGGUCAUUGCCAUGGAUGGCAUCAUUCUGUGUCGUCUCCAAGACUCAGAGAAAUUUAUUAAGGACCUCCCUCCACACGUUGCUCGCAAAAUGUCCACAACAGUUCGUGAAGAGUCUCCAAACUCAGAUGCAGACGCUGAGCACUUGAACACUGGGGCUUCAUGCACUAUGGGAGCUUCGCAAUCUAACCCAGGAGCUUUGCGCUCUCACUCAGGACCCUCGAGCUCUCACCAGGAAGCUUCGCACUUGCACCCCGCAGUUCUGUGCUCUGACUAUUGGGCUCUGCACCCUGACUAUCGGGCCCCAUGCUCUGACUAUCGGGCUCCAUGCUCUGACUAUCAGGCUCCGCACUCCAACUCUGGGGCUCCGCACUCACAACAUGGGGCUUCACGCUCAAAUCCACCUGUCCCUAUGCACGCUAACUAUGAUGAACUUCUGGACUAUGAUCUUCCACCAUGA